AUGUCUACUGAUAAGAGAAACCCGUUGCAUGACCAGAUUUCACUGGUUUUUAUCUUUGCUGGCUAUUUCAUAGGUCUUCAGUUAAAAUGUAUCUUGGGAAACUCAUUGCCAAGAAAAUACAGCAGGAGUUUUGGAGGAUGUUGCUUGGUGGUUUGCUCGUGGGACCAUUUGCUCAAAGAAUGGUGCUACCCACAGUGGGCUAGGCCCUCUACAUAUAUAUUAAAUGAUGAAAAUGUGCCCAAUGAAAAGAGUUCAGAGUGUCGUGACUUCCUGUUUUCACCACCAGAACCUACUGGAAGGUCCUCUGUUCUUCCUCUGUUACAGAAAGAAAAUAUACAGCCCAAGAGCCCUUUACAGGCUAAAGCCUCAAAGGUGACUUUUCAGACACCUCUUCGGGAUCCAAAGACACACAGGAUCUUAAGCCCUAAUAUGACCAGCAGGCUAGAGGCUCCUUUUGCUCUGGAUGACGAUAUUAGAUUACAAAAUGACCACUGUGUCUUCUUACAGAAAGAGAAACAGCUGCCUUUAGCCCCAGUGGAUGAUGUACCCGUGGUUCAGAUGGCAGCCGAGAUCCUAAGAGCAGAAGGCGAGUCACAGGAGAGAAUCUUGAAUUCCUCAAACCCUUCAGCUUUCACAAAUUUUCUGGACAGUGAGCUGUUGGCCCCUCCUACUGAGCCAGUGCUGGAGCCUUCCCAUCAGGGACCAGAGUCUGUCUUGGACCCAAAGGAAGAGAGCUUCAGAGACUCAGCAGAAGUUCUAGAUAUGGGUGCUGAAGUGGAUUAUCUGGAGCAGUUUGGAACUUUGUUUAAGGAGUCAGCCUGGAGGCCUUUGUACUUGAAAUUUGACCCCCUUCUGAAAGAGAGCCCUUUGUGGCCAAUACUGGUGGCCACAGUGACACAUAGUACAGAGGAUACAGAGGAGUCUGGCUCUGGAAAUCUGAUAGAAGCCAAGCUUGUGGACUUAGAUUUCUUGGGAGGUCUGGAUGUUUCUGUAUCAGCCCCACCCCCGUGUGUCCUUGAGCCUAGAGGUCUCCUCCCUGCCGAGCCUUUUGUAAAUGUGCCGAAACACAGCCAGAAAGACCUGGAUGCAGUGGUGAAUGUGAUGAAGCAGGAGAACUUGGGGGUGAGAAGCAAGUAUGAGGACCUCAACUCGAAGUAUUUGGAGAUGGGGAAGAUUGUUGAUGGGUUUGAGAAGAUCGUAAACAAGUCAGUGGAGGAGGCUGAGAAACAGAAGGAACUGGCUGAAGACAAAAUCCAAAAGGUUUUAAAAGAGAGAGACCAACUUAAUGCAGACCUGAACUCCAUGGAAAAGUCCUUCUCUGACCUUUUCAAGUGGUUUGAAAAACAGAAGGAAGUGACGAAUUAA